AUGGUGUGUUGGAACUGCGAGAAACCUGGGCAUAUGAAAAGCGAAUGCCGGGCACCAAGGAAGGACAAAGAAGGCAGGACAGCCAAUGCCACGACGGAGGACACGGUGGAUGCACUCUUGUUGAGUGUGAGAAGCUCGCUCGAUGACUGGAUUGUGGACUCAGGGGCCUCGUUUCACUCUUGCAGUAGCAGAGACAUCAUGGAGCCAUACACUGCAGGAACGCUUUACACAGCGAGUGGAUCUAGCUCAAACAUUCUCCUGGCAGAAGCUGUCUCACAAUCGCACUUGUGGCACAGUCGCUUGGGCCACAUGAGCGAGAAAGGAAUGAAGGUACUAAAGUCGAGAGGACUUUUGCCCGAGUUGGAGUCAGUAAACGUGGGUCUUUGCGAGCAAUGCUUGCUUGGAAAGCAGAAGCGAGUGAGCUUCAUAACCACCGGGAGAGCUCCAAAGACAGAAAAACUGGAGCUCGUGCACACUGACUUAUGGGGGCCAUCACCGGUGACAUCUCUUGGAGGACCGAUGUACUACAUGACGUUCAUCGAUGACUGCACAAGAAAGGUAUGGGUGUACUUUCUGAAAAGAAAAUCCGAAGCCUUUGAUGCUUUCAGGAGAUGGAGAGCACUCGUGGAGAAAGAGACAGGUCUGGAAGUGAAAUGUCUCAGAUCCGACAACGGUGGCGAGUACAACAGUGAAGCCAUCAAGGAAUACUGCGCUGAUCAUGGGAUCCGGAUGCAGAAGAUGGUCCCAGGGACACCUCAACAAAAUGGCAUUGCGGAGAGGAUGAACAGGACACUGAAUGAGCCAGAUUCAGUGGGAGCUCAGAUAGAUGAGAUCGAGCGUACAGAAGAAGAGGCAGAACCAGAAUCGGAUGAACCGAUUGCUGAGAGCAGCACGCCUCUGGCACUGGGCCGAGAACCGAGGAUGAGAAGGGCCCCGGAUAGGUUCGGUAACUCUUUCAUUAUUUUACUGCUAUAUGUGGAUGACAUGCUGAUAGCAGGAUCAGAUGUCAAGGAGAUCGAGAGGCUCAAGGGUCAGCUAUCAAGGAGAUUUGAUAUGAAGGAUCUAGGAGAAGCGAGACAGAUACUAGGCAUGACAAUCACGAGGGACAGGAAUGCUGGUAAACUUUGGCUUUCUCAAUCUGAUUAUAUUGAGAAGGUGUUGUGCAGAUUCAAAAUGGAUACUGCAAAGCCGGUUGGAGUACCAUUGGGAAGCCAGAUCAAGUUGUCCAACAAGGAUUCGCCCAAGGAUGACUCUGAAAAAGAAAGGAUGAGAGUUACGCCAUAUGCUUCAGCCAUCGGGAGCCUAAUGUACGCUAUGGAGGCGAUAAAGUGGAUCCUUAGGUACCUGAGAGGUACUAAGGACCGGGCAUUGGUUUUUGGCAGGGGUACCAUUACCCUGUCUGGGUUUGUCGAUGCUGAUUUUGCAGGAAGUGAUCUUGACAAGAGGAGGAGUACUACUGGGUACGUGUUCACUUACGGCGGGACGGCCGUAUCCUGGAUCUCAAAGCUGCAGAAGAUAGUUACAUUGUCAACAACGGAAGCUGAGUACGUGGCAGUGACGGAGGCAGCCAAGGAGCUCGUUUGGCUGCAAAACUUCCUGAAUGAACUUGGGAGACCUCAAGAGGAUGUGGCUCUAUACAGCGAUAGCCAGAGUGCAAUCCAUCUGGCAAAGAAUCCCGCGUUUCACUCGCGAAUGAAGCACAUCGAGGUUAAGUAUCAUUUCAUCUGGCAACUUCUAGAGAAGAAGAUGUUGCAGCUAAAAAAGAUUCGGGGAGAUAGGAAUCCUGCAGACAUGUUGACCAAGGCGGAGUGUGUGACAAAUGUGGACAACUUCUUUUUGGUUUGGCAAAAGUGCCCUGAAACUUGUUAA